AUGACUUUGCUGAGCUGUAUCGUCAUUCAGCUUCUCUGGGCUUUAUGUGCUAAUGGACAAGAUCCUCCUAGCAGCAGAGACAGGAGAAGAGCUACAGACUUCAUUACGUGCUCAGGGAUCUCACAGUUUGAUGCAGAAAGUGCUCGUAUAUUGCAAUGUCGAGAGAAAUUACUUGUGAUCCUCCAGCAGUGACUAAUGGAACCUUCCAGCCCCAAAAGAGAGUGUUCAGAGAAGAUGAUGUAAUCAGAGUAGACUGCAAUCGUGGAUUUCACUUUGACACAGACAACAGGGAAAAGACAGCAGAAUGUACAAAGAAUGGCUGGUUACCUAUUCCAAGAUGUAGCUUGAAACUCUGUGACUACCCACAUAUAGAAAAUGGCAGAUUAACUGGCUAUUACAAAAACCACAGAGAAAAAGAUUUUCCAGUACGUUUAGGGGUGACAAUUUUCUACAGAUGUCUUGAUGGUUAUGUAUCUAAGAGUGAGAGCACCUGGAAUCUAAUCAGAUGUACUGCAGAUGGCUGGGACCCGAUGCCAAAAUGUCUUAAAAAGUGUUCUCCCAUUUGGUUGGCAAAUGGUAGAUUCCUAAUUCUAUGGCAGAAAGUCUACAAAGAAGGUGAUGACAUUUCGUAUGUGUGUGAUCAUGAAUAUAUCCCUGAAAAUCAGCAAGCAAAAGCUACAUGCACAAAGAAUAACUGGAUGCCUACUCCAAGAUGUAUCUUUAACCGGUUUCAGGGAAAGAUGGGACAGACUCUUCUCCCAAGAGAGCCAGAAGAUGUUUUCAGUCCCAUCCCAGGAUCACUGACCAGGAUAGAUGAUCCAUCACUUCUACCUGGAGCUGGUCCAUCUGGUACACCACACACAGGAUCAUUAAGUCUGUCAGAAAUAUGUGGAAGGACAGAGGUACCUCAUGGUUAUUUCUUUGAAACAAAGAACAGGUUUGGUUUAAAUGAAAAAGCAACAUAUAGGUGUCAGAUUGGUUACAUGACUCCAGAAGGAAAUGAGACAGGGGAGAUACAAUGUCUUGAAGAAGGAUGGAGUCCUUUUCCAGAAUGCAUAAAGACAUGUAGGAUGCCUGCUUUUCAGCAUAUUCAUUUCUACACCAGUAAAAUGGUGUUUUUGCCUGAAGACAUACUGGAAUAUGAAUGUGCAGAUGGAUACAAAACUGUAAAUAAAAUCUCAAGGGGGCACACAAUAUGUAGCAUAAAUGGAUGGACUCCAGAGCCCCAAUGUUUUGCAAUAGAAUGUGAGAUGCUGAUGCUGCCCCAUGGAGAGGUUUUCCCCAAGAAGGACAAAUAUCUUAAUGGAGAUGUCGUGACAUUUUCCUGUGCAAAACGUUAUACCAGAGUAGGACCUGACUCUGCUCAGUGCUAUUACUUUGGAUGGUCCCCAGAACCUCCGACAUGUAAAGUGGAAAUCAAAGCUUGUGGGCCACCACCCAGCAUUACGAAUGGGAAUAUUAUCAGUGACCUUCACGAGAAAUAUCAGCAUGGUGACUCAGUGGAAUAUGACUGCAACCUCAGAUUUAAAAUGAUCGGAUCAAAGAGUAUAGAAUGUAUUGAUGGAGAAUGGUCAUCUUCACCCUUUUGCAUUGAAGAGGAAAAAACUUGUUUACCACCCCCCAAUAUUGUCAGAGGGAGUGUCUUCAGUGUAAACAAGAACCGAUAUUUUCAUGGUGAUUCUGUGGAGUAUGGUUGUGAAGGAAACCUUGAAAUUGUUGGGACAAAUAUCAUAAAAUGUCUUAGUGGAGAAUGGACAUCUUUACCUUCAUGUGCUGAUCCAUCUGUGAAAUGUGCACUGCCAAGGAAUCUUGAGAAUAUCAGAUUUUUAUCGGUUUACCAUUUUCAAAAGAGUUUCUAUCACAAAGAUGUUGUAAAAUACAGAUGUAAUUCAGAUGUCAAGAAACUAAAACAAACAGUCUGUGAAUAUGGGAAAUGGUCACCCAAGCCAGAAUGCGCUGAGAAUAAAAGAAAGUGCCCACCUCCCCCUCAGCUACCAGGAGCCUCCAAGAUAACAGAGAAAAGAAGCUAUGAGACUGGUGAAAAAAUAGCUUUUACGUGUCUGGAAAAUUUCAGGCUUCAUGGAGUGAAAGAAAUAAUGUGUGAAGAUGGAAAGUGGCAGUCACCACCACACUGUGUUGAAGAAAAAUCAUGUUUGCAACCAUAUCCCAUAGAAAAUGGUGAGAUUUUAAGUCUAGAAAAUCAAAGCUUAAGAAUGGAGAAACCGGGACCAGUGACUUAUCCAAAUGGUGCGACAUUAAAGUACAGCUGUAAUGCGGGCUUCAUGUUAAGAGGCGCAUCAGAGAUAACUUGUAAUAUGGAAAAAUGGACCUCACCGCCUGCUUGUAUUGAAAUGCCAUGCAGAGAGGCACCUAAUGUCCCCCAUGCUCAUGCUGAAGGUAGCAUAAAGACUAAUUAUGAACCUGGUGAAACAGUGCGUUAUCAGUGCCACCCAGGUUUUAUUGCUGUUGGACCACAGGAGGUAACAUGUAAAAGAGGGCAGUGGACCCAGCUACCGGAAUGCCAAGAUGCAACAUGUGGCGAUCCACCUGCAGUUGCCAAUGCUGAGAUCAUAGACCAUAGAGACAGAAGGUAUUGGCCUGCUGAAAGAGUGCAGUAUCAGUGUCAUGAAGGUUUUGAAAGUCAUGGACCAAAUGAUGUCACCUGUAUAAAUAAGGAAUGGUCACAACCUCCAACUUGCGAAGAUAUGAUGUGUGGACCUCCACCUGCAGUUACUAAUGCUCAGAUUCUAGGGUAUGGAAACCAAAGGUAUUUGCCUGGUGAGACAGUGCGCUAUCGAUGUCAACAAGGGCUGAGCCUCAUUGGAUCACAGACAGUGACCUGUCAGAAGAAAAAAUGGUCAGAACCACCAGAAUGCAGAGAGGCUGGUGGAAAGUGUGGGCCUCCACCAAGAAUUGAUAAUGGAGACAUUAUUUCAUUCCCAUUAAAAGAAUAUGUACUAAAUUCAACAGUGGAAUACAAAUGCAAAAGUUUGCAUAUAUUGGAAGGACCUCAAAAUGUUAGAUGUGACUCCGGACAAUGGACAGACCCACCAGUUUGCUUAGAGCCUUGUACUGUAACCCCAGAGGAUAUGGAGAGGAACAAAAUACAGCUGAGACGGCCUUAUGAAAAAAAAUUCUAUGUGUUAUCAGGGGUCUUUGUUCAAUUUGUGUGUAGAUGGGGAUAUAAAUUGGAUCCAACAUCUUCUGGACUUAGGGUACAAUGUUUAGAGGGAAGUCUGGUAUACCCUAAAUGUAAACACAGGAAUAAGUAAUCUUUAGUUUAACCACAAUAUUGAUGACUUGUCCACUAAGCCAAGUUUUUAUUUAUUUAUUUUUAUCGAGGAUGUCUAAGGGUGUAUAAAAUACAAUCAGUACAUGACAUGGUGACUGAACAGAGUGAAAUGUAAUAUUCUCUGAAAUUCUAAUGUAUAAAGUGAGAUUUCUGCCUUGUUCACAAGAUAAAAGCUGCUGCUUAAUAUCAGAGUGUUGAAUAUUCCAGUAGAAGUAUGCAAGUUAAGAAAUUAAAAACAUGAGACCAGAUCCCAAGCUGGGAUAAAUCAGUGUAACUCCAUUCAUUUGAAGAGGUUAUUUUGGUAAUGGUGUUUUAAAUUUCAAAAUGAUACUCCAUGGAAGAGAGCCCAAGUCCGAGGCUCCUGGUUGAGCCAUGUCUCUUAGGGCUUCCGGAUUCCCUACCACAGAGCUGCCACUGAGCUAGCUCAGUCACUGAGAAGACCUGGGACCUCCUGUCAUGAAGCCAGGAGCCUGGGAGCUCUCAGGGCUACUAUUAGCUUCAAAAAUGUAUAUUUACAAGUAACUUUUUUACUUUCUAUUAUUUCUAUCUGAUUGGUUCCUUAGGAUGAAUGAAAAUAAGCAUCUAACAGUAUCUUUAACCAGCAUCUUAUGUUCAAUAUUCAUUAACCAGUUAUUUGUAAUAUACACAGAUUAUCUCCUGGGUUUUUUGGCAUAUUUGCCUGGAUUGCAGUUUACAUGUAUUGGUUACACACUAAUUUAUUUAUGGUUUUGAUCAAAGGUACAUUUCUACAACUAAUUUCAAGUAAAGCAGGAUGGGCAACUGGGUUUGGAUAAAAGAAGAUCUGAGCCAAAUCUUCACCCCAAACUCAAACCAAAGCCAAACCUUUUUUUGAUGCUUAAAACAAAAUCAUCUAUGCUUCUGCACUUCCUAUUUUUGCUAAUAUGCUGGUAGAAUGUAUUGUACCAGAAUGUUGGUUUUGUUCAGGAAAACCUUCAGACCUUUUUACCAUGACUGUUGAAACUGACUUUUGGGAAAAGAAAAUAAUUUAGUAUUGCAACCACAAUGUAUUUUAACAGACUUAUAUAGCAAUAAUUGUUCCUUUUGGUUAAAGUUUAAGCAUGCACAAUCUUAAUUUUCUUUUUUAAAUGAAAACAGUGUACAAAACAUUUAGCAAUUAAAAUAACCUGAACAUUCCUGCCUUGUAAUUUUUAUUGCUUAUUAACAGAUCCAUCCUGAAAUGAACUGACUGGAAACUUUAGGGUAUGAUGAAAUAUGCAAACAAAGAUGAAUCAAGGUCUGCAGAUAACUUGGGCAGUAAUGUGAACAAACUAUUUCUUCCUUCUUCUGUAUGCAGUAAAUUGGAAAGU